ACUUGUUCUUCUUCUUCUUCCCAAGGACUCUUCUCUCAUAUUAUAUUCCAUACAUAUUGAUCAGUGUUGGGUUUCAGCCAUGGCCGCCACCAUCGGGAAGCUUGAGGUUGAAAUAGAGGUGAAGUCUAAAGCAGACAAGUUCUGGGAAACCAUUAGGGACUCAACCACCAUCUUCCCCAAAGCAAUUCCACAUGACUACAAGAGCAUUGAGGUUCUUGAGGGCGACGGCAAAGCUCCUGGUUCUGUACGCCAGAUUCUUUAUGCUGAAGGUUCUCCAAUAGUGAAGGUAUCAAAAGAGAAGAUUGAUGCAGCUGAUGAUGCAAAGAAGACAGUGACAUAUAGUGUAAUUGAUGGUGACCUCCUCAGGUACUUCAAGAACUUCAAGGGCCACAUCAGUGUCAUACCAAAGGGAGAAGGAAGCCUUGUGAAGUGGUCAUCUGAGUUUGAGAAGGCAAGUGCAGAGGUCCCUGACCCUCAUGUCAUCAAAGAUUUUGCAGUCAAAAACUUUCAAGAGGUUGAUGAUUAUAUUCAGAAGGCAUAGAGAAUGAGUCACAUGUGGCUGAAUUUCUACUAUACUCAUAUCAGAAUGCAUGUUUUAAUAAUAAACCCUCUUGGGUAUCAUUUGAUCCUAUCAAACAAUAUAUCUUAUAAUAGUAUAAUACCCUCUUGAGUUUCAGUUUAGUUUUGAUUUGUGUGCUGAAGCCAUGGCCUUGUGCUUUACUAACUUGUUGUCUUAUCAAUCAGUUAGCCUUUCUCUUUGUUGGUGUCAUGAUCUUGCUGUUGAUCAAUUUGAGUUUGAGAAUAUAAAGAGUAUUGCAUAUAUUUGAGAAUUA